AUGCCCGCGAAGACUGUCCCUGCCCCGGAGUCGGCCAUCAAGCGCGCUGCGUUCAAGCAGCAACAGACGGAGAACUUCAAGAAGGCAAUUGCUGCCAACAAGGCCGCAAAGGUCGCGCUGAAGAAGCUUGCCUACGCGCGUGGCCUCAAGUACUCCCGUGAGUACCGUUCCGCCGAGAAGAAGCUGGUGCACCUUCGCCGCCUGGCGAAGAGCCGCGGGAACUACUACCUUGAGGCAAAGCCGAAGGUGGCUGUUGUCACCCGCAUCCGCGGUAUUGCGAAGGUGGCUCCGAAGCAGCGCAAGAUCCUUCAGCUCCUGCGUCUGCGCCAGAUCUUCAACACAGUUUUCGUGCGUCUGAACAAGCCGAUGGAGAACAUGCUCCGUGCCGUGGAGCCUUACAUUGCGUACGGCUACCCUUCCUGCGCACGGUCCGUGCGAUGGUGU